AUGGCGGACCGAGACAGCGGCAGCGAGCAGGGUGGUGCGGCGCUGGGCUCGGGCGGCUCCCUGGGGCACCCGGGCUCGGGCUCAGGCUCCGGCGGGGGCGGUGGUGGCGGCGGGGGCGGCGGCAGUGGCGGCGGCGGCGGCGGGGCCCCGGGGGGGCUGCAGCACGAGACGCAGGAGCUGGCCUCCAAGCGGGUGGACAUCCAGAACAAGCGCUUCUACCUGGACGUGAAGCAAAACGCCAAGGGCCGCUUCCUGAAGAUCGCUGAAGUGGGCGCGGGCGGCAACAAGAGCCGCCUCACUCUCUCCAUGUCAGUGGCCGUGGAGUUCCGCGACUACCUGGGCGACUUCAUCGAGCAUUACGCGCAGCUGGGCCCCAGCCAGCCGCCCGACCUGGCCCAGGCACAGGACGAGCCACGCCGGGCACUCAAGAGCGAGUUCCUGGUGCGCGAAAACCGCAAGUACUACAUGGAUCUCAAGGAGAACCAGCGCGGCCGCUUCCUGCGCAUCCGCCAGACGGUCAACCGGGGGCCCGGCCUGGGCUCCACGCAGGGCCAGACCAUUGCGCUGCCCGCGCAGGGGCUCAUCGAGUUCCGUGACGCUCUGGCCAAGCUCAUCGACGACUAUGGAGUGGAGGAGGAGCCGGCCGAGCUGCCCGAGGGCACCUCCUUGACUGUGGACAACAAGCGCUUCUUCUUCGAUGUGGGUUCCAACAAGUACGGCGUGUUUAUGCGCGUGAGUGAGGUGAAGCCCACCUACCGCAACUCCAUCACCGUGCCCUACAAGGUGUGGGCCAAGUUCGGACACACCUUCUGCAAGUACUCGGAGGAGAUGAAGAAGAUUCAAGAGAAGCAGAGGGAGAAGCGGGCUGCCUGUGAGCAGCUCCACCAGCAGCAGCAGCAGCAGCAGGAGGAGACCGCCGCUGCCACCCUGCUACUGCAGGGAGAGGAAGAAGGCGAAGAAGAUUGAUCAAACUGAAUGAAACAUACAACACACACACAUAUGCAUACACACACACAACCACACACACAAGAAAAUAUACUGUAAAGAAAGAGAGAAAAUAAAAAGUUAAAAAGUAAAAAAAAAAGUAACUGUUAACUCCAAGGGAGCACCACCCACAGAACCUCCACCAACUGACAGUUUCUCUUCUUGACUUGCCACCCAUCGCUGGAUGUUGUCCACUUUAUCCACCAUAUAAAACAGUAAGCAGCUGCUAAAAACAAAAAAUACAAAAAAAUACAAAAAGUAAUAACAUUAUAUGAACUGUGUUUCCUACUUGAUUAAAAAUAUAAAGAACUGAGUGUUUAUUUCCCUAAUUAACCAAGAACUUUUGUACACGUUUAAGCUAUUAUUAUUAAAAGUGUUUGCAAAAUGGUCAAGAUUAUAAUAUUGCUGAAUUAUAUAAAAAGUCCUUUUCAUGUUGAGCUAACAUUUGACUUUAGCACAAAAAAGAGAUAUUUUAGAACACGUAAAAUAAUAUUUUUAGUUUUUCUCAUUUUGUUACCAAAUUUCAAACCUUACAUGGAGGUUAUUAUAGUAUAUUUGACACCCUAUAUACCUGUGAUUAGAGAUGUGUAUAUAUAUAUGAGGGCUAGGCAUGCUGUGUGUCUGAGCUUUGUCUAAAUGUUAUGCAGAAGUUUGUAGAGUUAAAGGUACGUAGGUUUAAUUCAUGCAAGGUAACAAUAAGUGCUCUCUUUUAUACAAUAUGCAUUGCAUCUGGACCUUAAACAUAAAAAUGGUCAGUGAAACUUCUGUGAACAUGAAGAAAUUAUUAAAAAAGGCGUUUAAAUGAAAUUUGCUAAGUUGUGAUUUUUAUGGUUGGAACCAAAGUUAUUCAAAUAGCAAAAGGAAAAAGAGAAAAAGGAAAUCUCCCGUAAUAUUUUUCUGCAUUUGUUUGCUUUGACUGAGUAGGCGUUUUGUUAUUGUGUAUAUGAGAUGUACGUGUAUCGUUCAUAAUAUAUUUUUUUUAUUAUGUGUAGAAUUUAAAAACGUAACUAACGUGCAGCAAUUUCCAGUGAACCUGUACUUGGAUAUCAGGUAGUGAGUCUAUUUGUGGUCACUAGCACUGUCUCCUAAACCUGUAAAAGGUCUGAAGCUAUCCUUUGAUUUUUUUUGCCAGUGCUAUUAACUUAUGUAGACCUGUUAAAAAGCAAAGCAACACAAUUAUAGUUAUCCUACUGAGCCAUGGAUUCUGAGUUUCAUUUUAAAAGUGGAAGCCAAGUUGGUGUGUGUAAAAGGAUUUCCAUGUAGCUGUGGUGCUAGUUAUUACUGGCUACAUUAUAUGCUAAGUGUAUUUGUGUUCCCCAAGUGUACAAGCCUUCUAUCAAAAGUAUGUCUAUUAUAACUCAUAUUCAAAGUGUAGGGUAUGAAAAUGCAAGCUUAGGAGAGCACUUUACCAAGCCAGUGUCCUCCACUGAAAUUGUUUGUAACGAUAGUCUUUUAGAGGUUUUCAUUUAAAGAUGUUUGUGUGCUUUUUAAUUGAUAACUAACUUCUUGCUGCUGUAUAGUAAAAUAUUAAUAUAUUUUUAUCAUUAAACUGCUGCAUGACUAUCAUCUUUGAGUGAAGAGAAAAUGUUAUAAAAAAAAAAGAUGCCUUAAACAGUACAUUUUGGUUUGGAAUUCUGUAGAAAGUAUUUUGGUAAAAAAAAAAAAAAAAAAGGAUCUUGGAUCUUGUCUGACAGAGAGUUCUGGGGUAGAAUUGUUUCUUGGCAAAUCCAGCCAUAUAGAUCUAACUGCUGUAUGUAGAAGAAACCACCUGUAGGAGUGGGAAGGUAUCAGUGCUUCUCACAUUGUAAAGCGUUGGCCUAGGAAGGCAAAACAGUUGUCUUUUUGAAGGAUUUUUUUUCUCCUUUGGGUUUUGAUUUGAUAUUUUUAAGCUCCCUGGUUGAUGAGUGUGUUGUCUUUGUUUUUGAGAUCUACUGUAUGUGUUGAAUAACAAGCUAUUUUCAUUGUACUGUGCAUUUUCCCACUGUUUGCUUUUAAUAUUCAUACAAUGUUAAAUAUGAGGUGACCGUACUACAAUAGUUAGGAGUUUCUUUACUUACAAAAUCACUGGAAAUUAUUAAAUUGCUUUCCCCUUCCCCCCAGGUGCAUUAUUCUUAUUUCCAUAUAGUAAAGUUGAGCUUUUACAGUGCAUAAUGUGACAUUUGGAAUGCUUAUCAACUGCAUGUAGACAUUAAUAACCUGCACUUUUUUGUCUUAAGGUUUGUUGAGCUGUUUUGUUCACUGUACUUUAACUGUGAUAUGGAAAAGAUUGCAUUCUCCGUGCUGUAACUAAUUAGGAAAGAGAAUUGCUUUGAUUUUGUCUCUUAUUUACUAUAGCUUCUUAAAGUUAAACCUUGUACUACAGGUUGUUGGAGUACUCCUAGAUCAGUGUUUCAUAGUAGUAGCCAGCAAUAAGUAGUACAAGUCAACAAAAACACAGCAAACUUAGGCAAAGUGCCCUUUCUUUGAGAUGCGAGUUCUUUCAUAAGGUUUUCUUUAGGAUCAGAGUUAACCUAAAGUGAAGCCUUUAUUACCUAUAGACUUCAGAUUCUGCUUGGAAUCCUACCGGAUCAAGAAGCACAUAUAUUGUGCAGUUGUCUUUACACUAUAACAGUUGAACACAAUCUUACUAGGAUUUUGAAACCAUUGUCUGAUUUAUGGUCAGUGGGUUGAAAAAGAAAUCCACAUGCAGAUCUUUCAAGACUUAAGUGAUCAUAGAAAAGACUGAGUGACUGUAAAGAUGCUCUUUUUUUUUUUUUUUAAAGCAUCUCACUUUACCUUCCCAGUCACCUUCCUAGCCUUCCCUUCCCCCCUUCCUUUUCAUCCUUCCCUACAUUUUCCCUCCCUGGUGCUCGGUACUUUACCAAGGUUCUAUAUCUCAGUGUUUAAUGUUAAGAGUCUCUCGUUUUUAUUUUAUUAGUUGGUAAGCCCUGUUUGUGCUGAAAAAAAAAAUAAUUGGUAUAUUUGACCAUAUGUGUUAUUCGUAGAAGACAGUAUGAUCAAAUGUGCCAAAAACAAGCAAACAAAACUUCAUUCAUGACAAGUAUGCCUUACUUUUAUUGACCUGCUUUGUCUUACAAUUAAGGUCCAAGAGCUUGGUUGAACUAUUGUUAUUUGCCUAAGUAAAAAAAGAAAACUUGAAAUGCAUUGAAAUAUUGAUGAUGUUUAAAAUGAGAGACACUGUCAAGUAAUUUAAUCCAGAGAUCAGCCACCAGAUUUGAAAUGUUCGUGGGUGUGUGUGUGGGUGUGUGUUGUUGUUGUUGUUUGUGGCUCCCCCCCCCUUCCCCCUUUUAAAUUACCAAAUCCUUUUAUUAAGCUACCUUUUAUUUGUGCCUCCUAUUUAUCAUGCUGAUGUUCUAGCAGCAGUCAUCCAGCCACAGAGGGAGCUAAAGUUAACUAACCAGAACUGUAGAAAUCAUCAUACAUGCCUUUGACAACAAAGGAAGUUCAGAGGAAAGCCAUAUCUGCUUUUCCUGUACUAGAUACAGAUUGGAGGUAGAUGAAUAUUUGCCAAAUGAGAAAAAAAAAAAUACUAGUCAGGAAAGACAAACUCUUUCCAGCUUCUCAAAAGCCAU